AAUUACAAGACCCGUAUAAACACAAGGUCUACCAACCACAACACCAUGAAAAAACACACAAACUAAUGUGCCUAUUCUCCUGCCAGCAAGCAACAAAUUCCAGUUGUGACAAAAGUAAAUACACGCAUGACAGAAGGAAAACCGCCCGCCCAGGACUACAACACAAAACCAACAACAACAGCACGUCAGUCAAACCAAUGAAUUAGCAUUUCUGCUAACAGUGGAUUUAUCAUCAAUAAUUACAUCUCCCAUAUCAAACUGAAAAGAAGGAAAAGAUGAGGGUGUAGAGGAAGAAGGGGAUUUCCAAUUGAUUCUAAAUGGCUGCGGAAGGAAGAUAAACUGAAGCGCGAUGACCGAUUCUAAAAAUAUUUAAUGUACGAGGUUGUCGUUUUCCGGAUAUAUAAUUAUCUUCUGUGUGUAUACUACCAAACCGUUAUUAAUAAACAGAAACCGAUACCCUUCAAAAAAACAGAAACUGAUACAAUACACUUACUUAGGCCACUUACUUAACAGUUUGUUCUUUUGGUUUAAGGUAACACCUAAAACAACAAUUGAGUGAGGAAAAAAGCAAGAGAAAGUGAUGAUGAUGAUACAGAAUUGGAUGGUGGCACAUGCAACCAAACAACAACAGCAAUUGAGAAGAUUGAAGAUAACAACUCAUCGUGUUAUUGUAGCUACAUUUCUAUUCUCUAUCUCCUUCUUUCUCUUCUCUCCCAAAAUUCCACGCUCUCCCACUCACCACCAAUUCGCUGACUUGCGCAAUCUUCUUGGUGUCCCAAACACAUUGAAUGUGAUCACAAAUUUUCCAUUUUUAGUUGUGGGUGUUCUUGGUUUAGUUCUUACUCUUGAAGGAGGAUUUUUUACCAUAAGUUCUCAAGCUGAGACUUGGGCUUGGAUACUAUUUUAUGCUGGAAUUAUAGGGGUGGCUUUUGGCUCUGUUUAUUACCAUUUGAAGCCUGAUAACAAUAGAGUCUUGUGGGACACUUUGCCGAUGAUGGUGGCAUAUUCCUCACUUUUCUCUAGUUUGGUUAUUGAGAGAAUUGGCCAGCGGAUCGGGUUGUGUUGUAUGUGUGCCCUCCUUUUCGCAGCCUUUACUUGUGUACUUUAUGAACGAAUUUAUGAUGAUAUUCGGCUCUGCUUGAUGUUCCAGUUCAUUCUUCCUUUAGCUAUUGCAGCAGCUGCAUUUGUAUAUCCCUCCAACUAUACUCACGCAAGAUAUUGGUUUUCAUCAAUAGGGGUUUAUCUGCUAGCAAAAUUCGAAGCUGUUUCUGACAAGAAACUCUACCGUGCAAAUAACUACGUUAUCAGCGGGCACUCUUUGGAACAUUUGUGCUUAGCGCUUAUCCCGUUUUUACUUAGUGUGAUGCUCAUCUACAGGGAGCGUAAGUUAAAAAGAUUAGGAGAUGUUAAAGAUCAGCUUUGAAAAGAAGAAUUGAGAUUGCCAAAGGUAUUGAUGUUAUGUACAAUUUCUCUUGGUUACUUACUAGAGAUGUUGUAUUAAAAUUACCCGUGAAUGAAAACAACACACAAUGAUUUUGUGAGUUAUUUUGGAUGUAUCCACAAAGGUGAUAGAGUUCUGUUCCAUAACUUGUCGAGCUGACAAAUUUAGCUGUAUAUGAUUAUAGGCAAAUUUCCUAUCAUUUUUGCAUUGAUGACUAGUUUUAUUUGGAUCAGAUCGAUAAGUAUGUUGAGGAUAUUAGGUAACAGACUAGGAUUCUUAAUUUAGUUGUUUUCCUAUGUACUUGACCAUUGCUCAUGUGAAACUUGGAACUAAAAUGUCCAGAAACAGAAUAUAAGUUCUUCAACACAAGUCAUUGUUGAACCUUUGUAUCGUA